CUAAAAUUACUGCAAUUUCCUAGAUGGUACCAUUUAUUAACAUUAUAUUAACAUUUAUUUUGAAAGGAUAUCUAAACAGACAUAGGGAAAGUGAAGGAGGCCAAUAUCAGGAUAAAACCACAUAAACUUACAUGCUUUUCAUCUGUUUCCUUAACCUACCACUUAAAAGCAUUACAUUCUGCCAGAACAGAUCUUAUGACCGAGCAUAAAUGUGUGUCAUCUGUGUCUAAUUGCUUUUCAGCAAUUCAGAGGUGAACAGUGAAGAUGUAAUUUAUAUGAAUAAAAAGUAAUAGAAAACAUUGCAGGGCCACACUGAAGGCUAUUGUUUAUUUAUAUAUAAAUCCAAACAAUGUAAAUCACAAGGUCUUGAAUUUGUUCACAGCAUAUCUGAACCAAACACAUCAGGAGACAUGCUGCAACGUCUCCCUGCACACACGUAAAAACAACAACAAAAAAACGUCUCAAGGCACUGAACCGGAACAACGUGACGACAACAACGCGAUAUGUCAUUGUAGUACGUGCUUUGGAAAGCGCGGGUCCCGUUUGCGAUUGUGCUGUGAUUGGCCAAUACCGCCCUACUCUGUCUGUGAUUUACUGGGUUAUGCAUGACUGACAGUUGCUGGCUUCAAUGGAAAAACGGAUGAGGACGUUAAAGAUCAAUCAUUUUAAACACUUUUCCCGCACAAUCGCGUCCCGUUUGGGUUGGUCCAUAUCAAUGGGUUGGUUAACAGGAUAUGUUUGAGAAGAAGAAGAAGGCAUCCAAUUUGCUGUUGGGAACAUCAGUCUUUAACAUGACUCAGAAGAAGUUCCCCGUAUCUGACACUAAGCCGGUGUCUGUCAACCCAACAACAUCGUGCGGCGGUUCCCGUUUGGUCGACUUCGAGUGAACAGCAGCUCUUGCCCGAUGUCAAGGCUUGAGGAAGGACGAAGCUAUAGAUAAGUGAUGCGAGUUGAUUUCAUGGAGUAAACUGAAAAGUCCUAGUCAUGGAUACAGAGAGCCCACUUCUGUCUUUCAUCAAAACAAGUCUUCCUAAAAUGAGAGACCCUGAGCCUUUGCUGGAGUGUCUGCAAGGUUUAGGAGUUGAGGACCUGGAAGACCUGACCUACCUGCAGGAGAGUGACCUCCUUUCUGUCCUGAGACCAAUUGAAGCCAGGAAACUUCUGUCACUGCUCCAAAAGACAAGCCAACAAGAUGUCUUGGACAGUCCUCCGAGCAACCAACAGUUCAGCAGAGCCAGUACCAGUACAAAUCCAGUAUCACAGUCUGACAAGAUGCACCUUUCUGGUGGUAACAGCUCAGAAACUACAUGUUCACCGCGGUCAACAAGUAGUUCAAGUAUGGAUACCACACCUCGUCGACUGUCUGAUAACAGCUGGCAUUUUAAAUUUCAAAUUCCUUGGCAGAAAAUUCCAUCUGACAUCAUCAGAAAGCUGGAAACCGGAAACCGGCCAACAAAAAGUGAGAGACUUGAAAUCAUACGGCUCAUUGUUAGUGAAAUCAUAACCGCGUGCCCAACACCUGGGAAGAAACAUAUCAGUGAGAUAGCAAGGAUGAUGACAAAGGCCUACCCUGUGGCAUUUACUGAUGUCAUUGAAGGUGAAAUUGUAGGCAGUGGGUAUGACUCUAUAACAAAACAGAUGGUCAGCAGAGUGGAUAACCUGAAGAGGGGAAACACUUCCCUUUCCUUAAAGAGACAAGUUAUUAGCAGCAGCGAAGGAGAGGAUAGCCCAACUCGGAAAAGAAGACUAGACACUUACGGGUGUAUAAACUGGCAACCAACACGACUGCCACCUGAUGAAACCCCUGAAUCUCAGAAACAUGCACAAGAAGAGUUAAAGAAAAUGUGGAGAGAAAGAUGCUGUGACAGCAAAGCCAUUGAGAAUAUGAUGAGAGACACUUUCUUCACUCAGAGAAAAGACAUUAUCAGUGGGACUGAGGCGUCUGACUUGACAAAGGAAUGGCCAUACCUGUUUGAGACCAGUGGCAUGAAGACUCAUUUUAAAGAGCUUAUAGGUGUGGACAUGGAAGACAAAAACAUAAGAAAUAAAUGUGCCAGAGUUAUUUCAUUUCUUAAAUCUGGUGACAAGACAGGGAAGAUGGAGACCAUCUUCAGGGAAAUGGAAACAUCAAGCAAAAAUGUUGCAGAUGUGAAUGUUGCAGCGUUUCUUCCACUGCUCCUCAAGUACUUCGAUGAAGAAGAAGAACAGAUGUUCUACAAAGUGGAUCAAACAACCCUGCCCUCUGAAGUGGACUGUGCUGGACUUCCAAGUACACCAUGUAUCGUUGUGUGUGGAAACUCGACUUUGGCAGCGGAGAAUUUCAUGCUGUCUGUGGACCAGAACAUUGUGAAUGGCCACAUCAGAAUCUUCAGUGAUGCUGUUAUGCUGAUGUUUGGUUCGUACUACUGUAUGAACAUAUCUUACCCAGCAGCCCAGGCAUCAACUUUGGAGUUCUUACAGAGGUGCCUCUUCAAGAUAAAUCCAGACAAGGGAUCAAAAGUGGACCGGAACGCUACCAAAAGAAAACUUGCAGUCAAUCCAAAGGUUCUCACACUGAUCACCAGAAUUGCAGACUACGAGUGGAGGGAAUAAGAAGUGCUUAUGGAUAGUUUGUUUGUACUUUGUCCAAGGUACGGACUGUUAUGGAUUAUUAUCCAGUGAGGUCAUGUAAACUAUUAUGUAGCUUUGUUAUCAAUAUUGUGGAUUAUUUGGCCAAGUUAUGGAUGCCUUAGAAUAGAGUAUGGAUUCAUUUCAAGUGAGGUUUGACCAAGUUUGUCAUCAAUGUUUUGUAUGUAUUGUUACUUGACCCAGGUUAUGGAAAUCUUUGAUGCCUUGGAUAGAUAUAUUGCUGUAAAUUGGUAUCUCAACUUUUUUUUUUUUUUUUUUUUUUUUGUGUUUCAGAACCAGUCAUUUUCAUUUAAUUGUUUUUAUUUUUUGAAUAUUGAUUGUUAGAAUGGUUACAUUUAAAAAAAAAUGCAGAAUGGGAAAUUAUAGCUUUUCUUGUUCAGCUUAGUCUGAUUCAAGCAUAACAGUUAUUUAAGCCUCUUUUCCCACUGGCCAAAAACCGGUUAAACCAUUUACAAUAAUUCUGGUGUUAUCAGGCAAGUUUAGUUUGAAGUAUAAGUUGAAAGUCCUUGAAUUAUUCAGGAAAUCAAUGUAAAAGAAAACAAAAAACUAAAUUUACAAUAAACAGUAAAUUGUUGCAAUUG